AUGCCGCCGCCGGUGAAUCCGCAGCGGCUUUCGCCGGCAGAGUCCCGAGAGCGGACGCUGGGCUUCUUCCAAGGCCUGGGCGUGGACGUGCCCCUCCCAGCCUCGGCCGAGCGGCCCGACGCCUACUCCUCGCUCGUCCGCGCCAUCGUCUCCUCCGCCGCCGUCACCUCCUCGCGCGUCUCCUGCACCAUCACCAUCUCCCCCGCCGUCACGAACCAGUACAACACGCUCCACGGCGGCGCGGUGGCGGCCGUGGCUGAGGCAGUCGGGAUGGCGUGCGCGCGCUCUGCUGCUGGGGACAAGGAGAUGUUCCUCGGCGAGCUCAGCACCGCGUACCUCGCCGCCGCGCGACUCAACGCGCGCGACGCGCGCCUCCCGGCCUCGGCCGAGCAGCCUGACGCCUACUCCGCGCUCGUCCGCGCCAUCCUCUCCUCGGUUGCCGUCACCGCCUCCCCGACCCGGCGGGUCUCCUGCACCAUCACCGUCUCACACGCCGUGACCAACCCGUACAACACGCUCCACGGGGGCGCGGUGGCGGCCGUGGCCGAGGCCGUCGGGAUGGCGUGCGCGCGGGCAGCCGCCGGGGAUCGGGAGAUGUUCCUCGGCGAGCUUAGCACCGCGUACCUCGCUGCAGCGCGAUGCGAUGUGAUCUUCUAA